CAAAUUAUGGAGGUAAUUAUUUAAACAGGUCUUAACUAAAGAACGUUUUGGUGCCUCAUAACUAACGUCUGUUAGGACUUGUGUUGAACUGUGAGCAAUAAUUCUAUAGAAAUCUGAGAAAAAGUCAGAGAGUUUAAACCAAGCUAUACUUGAUCAUUUAGCCAAACUUGGUUACUCAAAAGCAGCUAAAGCUUUUAAAGAAGAUAUAAAGACCAAGAAGAAGUCCAAGGUUAAGCCAAAGAAGCGUGUUGAUGAGAUGAUGAAUUGCUUCUCAGAAGGAGAUCUUACCAAAUUCGUUUCCCUUUGGAACGAGUAUGUCCAGAAGGAAUCUAAAGAUAUUAAUACUGAUAAACUAGAGUUCUACGUUCGGAUAUACUUCACCAUUUAUCCUAUGCAUCCAGUGAAUAAAGGCAAACCUAAUGAGAAAGCGUUUAAGAAGAGACAGAAGGAGUUUAAAUAAAUUUUUGGAUACCAAAGGAUCAGAAUUGUCGAAAACUUCAGAAUUCUUGCCAUAUUAUGCUUUACCUUAUGUGACAGACCCUGUUGUGCACCCUAGCUUUAAGGAAUUAGCAACGACUCAUUGGAUCCAGAACUUGGAAGGGAAGCUGCAAGAGUUUUUGAUAUCCCAAGCUACAUCUCCAAAUCAGAGCCAAUUAGCUUAUUUGUUUGAAAACAGAGAGAAACUUAAACAGCCUGACAGAAAUUUUGAGGAGGGAAUUGAUGAACAAAUUGGAGAACAAUUGGCAAUACUUCAACAAAGAUAUUCUGAGCUUCAGCAGAAAGAGCAAAAUACAAAAAGAGCAUUUAUUAAUUCUCAACAAAAAUGGACCAAUUUCUCGAAGAAUAUUUUAGUGAUUGCCAAACAAUUGAUGGGUGUUGUUGAUAAUUCAGAUGCUUCCAAAUCGAUUAAUACUAUUGUAUAUAAAACAAUGAAAGAGAAAAUUGCAAAGUAUGAAGAUAGUUUGAGAAAAAUUAUUGAAGGACACUCAGCAAUGGGUCAUCCUUCUCCUUAUCAACCCAAACCUGCUUCCAACUCUUACUCUGAGUCAGAUAGAACCACUGGACUCAGACAUGCUGCUGUGGCUUCUCCUGCUGGUCACUCAAACCCCCACUCUCCAGCACCAGCCUCCAACGUUUCUGUCGACAGAACUGACAUUGAAGUCAAGAACAGUCCGAGCAUCAUCUCCAGAGACGUCGGAAGUCAAGAAGCAGACCAGUCUGUAGCCAGAAGCCACCAGACUCCGGCUCCAGUGAACAUUUCGUUUGCUCCUCUUGACUUCGACAAAAUCAAGAAGUUCCUCAUUGAGGCCGAAGAUGAAGUCAGAGUUUGUGCAACACUUCAGGCGCUGAGAUGGAGGAUUUCGAAGUGCAGAACCACAUCCCAGCGAAACGAAAUCUUGCACUCUUACUGGUUCUACGAUGUGCUAGGAAUCCUCGGAGAUGGCCCUGACAUCCUGAUGAGUUUGCUGAACAAGUCCAGAAGAGUUCUAGCAUACACAGUGUUUCUGAUCAACACGAUGGCGAGUCUGCCAGCCGGUCGUAACUACUUGAUCAAACACCAGAAGAUCCUUGAAAUCAUUUUUGCAGUUCUGCUCAGUGAAAAGUCCGAAACUGCAAUCAGACAACAAGCAAUCGUGGCCAUCCAAAGAUUCAGUUUGAGAAGUAAGUGUCAAGACAUGAUCAUUGAAAUGGACAUGAUCAAGUAUGUGGUCUACAUUCUGAGAUGUGAAAGCGACACACUCAGUGACUACACUCUCGAGUACUGCACGGCAUUGCUGAUGAACCUGACAUUGCGAAACAGAGGGAAAGACAAGUGUGAAGACCCCAAUCUUGAGCUCUUGCAUGUCCUCAACGAACUGCUCGAACACGAGAACGACCAGAUCCGAACAUAUGUCAAUGGAACUUUGUACUCGAUAUUCAGACGCAAGUCGAUCCGGGACCAAGCCAGAGAACUAGGCAUGGAUGAGAUCCUCAGUUUCUUGUUGCAGAACAUGCAGCCAAGCGAAGACCACAUCAAGAGGCAGCUCCAGUACAUCCUGGACCAGUUCGAGAAUGAUGCCGAUGACUCUGAAGAGUCCUCUGAUGAUGAAGAUGACAUCGAUGAGCAAGAAGAGGAUGAAGGCGAAGACGACGACGAAGAAGGAGAAAUCAUCGAAGAAGGAGACUUCGACGACGCCAUUUCUGGUGUUCCAGUCGGAGAAGAAUGGUUGAUGUCUGAGUUCUUGGCUGCUAAUGAUGAGGCUCUCAGACAAACAACAACCAUUCUCACAAAAAUACAAGAAGAAAAGAAACAGAGAGCGCUCGACUCCACCAGCAAGAGCCUUAUUUCAGAGAUUAAGAGGUCGAGUUCGAGGCCAGUCACUCCGACCAGGAGCAACAGCAACAUCCCUUUCAUCAGCGACACAUACACAAAGUCUCCCAUGAGGACCAGAAACAAGAUUCCGAGGACUCCUCUCGGAGGCAGAACUGCAGAGGAAGGCAACGACUUCAAGAACGAAGACAACUCACAGCUUGAUAUUUCGAUAGGGGCAUCGCAGAACUUGGCAGGACAACUGGCACCACAGUUCGGAACUUCGAAUGCUACAAAACAAGCACCUCCGAAGGCAGCUGCUGUUGAAGAAGAACAGAAAGAUGAUCCACCACCAGCAGAAGCAUUUACACCAAAAGACAUGAUUCCCCGAACUCCCCCACAAAUGCAGUCAAAGAAGUACAAGAGAGCACCUGAAGAAGAAAAGAGGCCAGGCACAAAACCCAAGAAAAAUAGUCAAAAUUAA